AUGCAUCACAAAAAUAUCCAAAUACAGGCGUGUCCCAUAAUAUCCACGGAUUAUGUAAAUGAAACUCCAAAUUAUAACGAUCUUAGCACAGCAAUACACAUCUAUGGAGAUAACCCUGCCGCAAAUGCUUCUUGUGUAUUUAGUGCCGAGGAUAUUUACAAUAGAGAGUUUAUAUAUGUCAACUUAUCACACUUUAAAAUCACAACUGUAUGUUGCAGUCAAAAUCAUAUACUUUUGCUAGCAGAUAUCGGUCAAGUUUUUUCGUUUGGCCGGGGAGACUCAGGACAAUUGGGUCAUGGCACCUCUAUCAAUUACCUAAGCGAACCUACACUAAUUCCCGGAUUUGACAAAUUCAUUUGUGGCAUUUCAUGUGGCAAAUACCACUCAAUAGCCAUAGAUAGAGAUGGUCUUACUUACACUUGGGGAAGCGAGGAUGCUACUGGUCACAUAGCAAAUGAAUGGGCUCCCAAACAAUUGGAUAUAACAACUACAUCUGGCGAAUACAUACGAGUUAGCCAUGUGGCUUCCAAUGAUACACAAAAUAUAGCCAUCUCUAUGGACACUCAUACAAUGUUUAUUUGGGGGGAGACUUUUAUAGGCAAAAAAGUGCCCAAACCUUCCUUAUUCUACUUCGAUAACAAUAUAUCAUUUGUACAAGUGGCCCUAGGGUUUAAGUUUGGUAUAGCGCGCACCAGCACAGGUGAAGUCUAUCUUUGGGGGGAUGGCACGUAUGGGGAAUUGGCAAUGAAAACCUCCAAUACAUAUGUUGAACUACCAGAGCGGGCGGAUAUCCCUUUUUUCAACAAUAUAAUUGAUGUUGCAGCUGGAGAUCGUCAUGCAUUGGUACUUGAUGACUGCGGUAACAUAUAUUCUUUUGGAGACAAUCUUUCCGGCCAAUGCGGAGAUCCUACGAAUUAUCACACCAUCAUAUUCUACCCAAGGAAAGUCAUGAUUAAACAGACCCAUUUUAGGCCAGUGAGAGUUUUUUGUGGCUCCCGUCACUCCGCCUGUAUAAAUGAGUCAAAUCAACUUUUUACUUGGGGGCAUUCGUCUAACCAAAAAUUGAUAUUCACUAAACCGCUAACACAAAGACCAGGAGUUUCUGUUCAGUCGGGGCAGAAAUCUUCAUGCCGUUCGGCCCGAAUAAUAUAUUCAUUAUUGCAUUUGAAGGUUACGACCGCCGCCCUAGGCCCGGAAUAUACAAUUGUAAUAACUGGAGAUGGUACACAUGCAUUGAAGGAUUCGAUCAACAUUGAUAUUGGCAAAAUUUCCAGUGCCAAUUUGUCAGAUGCGUCGUUUUAUAGCGCAAAUGAGAAGGGUUGA